AUGGACGCCCUUGUUGAACACUACGCGAGUGGUCUGGAAGAAGCUCUUUCGUCAUUCUCUCGCAGGCUUGACCCUGCGGACAUGGCGGAGAGCUUGUACUAUGAGUAUCCCGAGUUUACAGCCGCUUUGGAUGCCUUGUUCAGCACGCUGGACAUAGACACUGUUAUGGUGGACAAGAUCCUCCUGUUCAACGGGAUGUUCACUAAAUGUCUUUUGGAACUGGAGGCAUCAGAGGGGGAAGGCUCGAAAGACCCAAAGUUGUUCUUGGCACAGAUGCUGCUGCUUCUAGAUUCCUCGAUCUACCUAUCCUUUGUCAAGUACUCUGGCCUUAACCCUGUGCCCAUGCAGACCUUGAACUCAAUCAUGCUACUAAGUCCUACGGAUUUUGUUGUGGAUACGUUUGGCCCGGUGUUUUUCUCGCACAAGUCCCUCGACAGACGGCUCAGACUGACUCUUCAUAAUUCGCUAGUUGGAAAGGCCAAGCCAGGCUCAACGCUGCUACAGAUCGGCAAUGUUCUGCUCCCGAAACUGCUUGGACAACUUGAGUCGCACGAUGUGUUUGCUGCGCAACUCAUGGCCUUCAUCACUAAUGCCUUUGACAUCAACGACAAACUGCUGCUGACCAGUGACUGGAAGCUGAACGACUUCAAUAAAACAUACCUUGAAUUUUCCAAGUCGCGCAAGUGGCCGUCGAACGCGAGCAGAAACCCGGGGCGCCGCACAAAUGACGCUUUUCAUGAAUACAUGGUUCUGGCGGUGUAUUUCACGACAGACUUCAAGAGACUGGUGGAAGAGCUGAACGCUUACAGAGGAGGUAGAUAUUCCAAGACGAGCCUGCCGCUAAUAGACAAUUGCAAGAAACUCGUCAAGACGAUCAAGGAAAUGGACGUGCAAGAGCCUGCUCCGAAAAUUGGCAGCGCGCACGAGCUGACAGGCGAGGAAUACAGCCAGCUGGUGGACAGCUUUGCGGCAAAGGAGUAUGAGUGCGACUGGCUUUUGAACGCUGAUGAGUUUGGCGUCCAGCUCAGACAGCCCAAUCAUCGCUGGGCGGUGAUAUUCCAGAUCUACGUGAUGGUCUCGUUCAUCUACGACCUCACGGACGCCAAGUGGACGAAGGUGCUUGGCGACAUCAACGCCAAGUAUAAGAAGUUUCGCAAGCCUGAGUUUGACGCGAUGCUGGCCAACGAUAGUGUCAAAAGCCAGCUGGUCGAGGUGCUCACAGAGAUAGAGCGACACUACGCAAGCUACUUCCCUGCAUUCCACCGCAUUUUGAAGCACGUUGUCGACAACACGGAGAUCAGAUGGCGGGCGUUGAAACUCAAGCAGUUCAAUCAUGAGAAUCUGGCUGAUCUGGAAGCGCUAUCGAACGACAAAAAGCGCAAAUUGGACGAACACCUCGACAAGGGGCCAGAGAUAAAGGCACCAUAUACAUACAAGCUGGGAACGGCAAAGCUGUCCCAGAUAUGGAGUGUCAAGACGGGGCUCGCCGAGAUCGAGCGGAAACUUGCGGACCCGCAGGAGCUGCUGGAAAACUACAAGGACGAGCUGUAUUUCGUAGAGGGUAGCCUGCAGAGCGGCGAAAAGAGCGAUGAGCUGGUCGAGAAGCGCGAGCUGCUCACGUGGAAGAAACAACGGCUCGAACGUGGGCUUGGGAGCUGGUUGAAUUUGUAG